AGAAAAUUAGAAGAGGGCGGGGAUAAAACCCGGGGCUUGAAUACCCUGCGAGGAACCCGAGAGACAGAAAUUGGGGUUCCUGGAUGUUGGAUAGUCGGAGGCGACGGGAGCUCCGGAAGCGCAUCAGCCAAGUCGUGGACUCACAGCACUGGGACUGGACAUAUGCAAGUGGGAGGCUCCAGUCCGGCGCUCUAAAUAGGGGGCGGGGGUGUGUGUGCUUGGGCUUGGUCCCCCAAGAUCGAUCGGCGGACCCCUGACUCAGCGUGCCACAAAGCUGCCUCUCACCCUGAUGGUCACCUGGAGUCCUCACAUCCUUCCUCUCCAAUCAGGGACCCCAGGAACCACCCUGAAGCCGUAGCUCCUGGAACUGGGUCCCAAGAACGACUUUCUCACAGGCGUGUUCCCUGCUAGCCCCCUCAGCUGGCUCUUCCUCUUCAGUGCAAUUCAACUUGCCUGCUUCCUCCAGCUGGAUCCUUCCUUAGGACUGAUGGAGAAGAUCAAAGAGUCUCUGCCAGACUGGUGAGGUUCCCCACUUCAACCCAGUAACCUCCUAACCCCUUUCCCUCCACCCAGGACAUUUCUAUAUCAGCAUGUGUGCCCGUUAAAGAAAAGUAAUCUCCAAGACUUACCUGGGGUCAGAUUAAUAAAGGUAAAGCAUCAAGUAAAGGGAGGUGAUUUCCUCUAUUGUCUCUGUACAUUUUCCAUCCUGGCUGCUUCUUUCUAAAGGGAAUGUUGGCAAACUAGACAGAGGCCAGGUAUGGUUAUAUAUACUAACAGAAGUAUGAGUUCUGCUAAUCUACAGUUGUGUGGUCUUAGGCAAGAGACCUCACUAUUCUUGGUGUUAGGGGCUUCACAGCCCAAACGAACUUUUGGGCCAACCCAAUGAUUGGUUUUUAAGGUGGUUGGAGGAAUUGAACAAAAUCAUGAAUGUGGAAUAUUCAGUACAGUACUAAGAGGUUAUGAAAUGGGAGUAGUUGAAUGAUUAUUGCUGUUUGGAAACCAGAUAUGGGUGAAGUUGCAGGUUCUAAGUCUUAGAUUAGUCCUCCUGGGGAAAAAGGUUCAAACUUUGUACAGACAGCCUGAAAGGGCAGAUCUAGGAUCGGAAGGAGAAAUUUCCAGGAAGGCUGCUGCUGCUGCUGCUAAGUCACUUCAGUUGUGUCCGACUCUGUGCGACCCCAUAGACGGCAACCCACCAGGCUCCCCAGUCCCUGGGAUUUUCCAGGCAAGAACACUGGAGUGGGUUGCCACUUCCUUCUCCAAUGCAUGAAAGUGAAAAGUGAAAGUGAAGUCGCUCAGUCAUGUCCGACUCUUAGCGACCCCAUGGACUGCAGCCUACCAGGCUCCUCCGUCCAUGGGAUUUUCCAGGCAAGAGUACUGGAGUGGGGUGCCAUUGCCUUCUCCACCAGGAAGGAUAGAUUUACCUAAUCUAAAGAGGGGGUGGACAGCAUCACAGGCUGCGGGGGGUCCUGGCGGCAGCCCUGUUUGCAUCCUGUCUGUGGGGAGCUCUGAUCUUCACCCUUCAUGUGGCCCUGAGGCUACUUCUGUCCUACCACGGCUGGCUCCUUGAACCCCACGGAGGCAUGUCCUCGCCCACCAAGACCUGGCUGGCCCUGGUGCGCAUCUUCUCCGGCCGCCAUCCAAUGCUCUUCAGUUACCAGCGCUCUCUGCCGCGCCAGCCUGUGCCCUCCGUGCAGGACACCGUGCGCAAGUAUCUGGAGUCUGUCCGACCCGUCCUCUCCGACGAGGACUUCGACUGGACCGCGGGCCUAGCGCAGGAGUUCCUGAAGCUGCAGGCGUCACUGCUGCAGUGGUACUUGCAGCUCAAGUCCUGGUGGGCGUCCAAUUACGUCAGUGACUGGUGGGAAGAAUUCGUGUACCUGCGCUCCCGGAACUCACUGAUGGUGAACAGCAACUAUUACAUGAUGGACUUCCUGUACGUCACGCCCACUCCCGUGCAGGCGGCGCGCGCGGGCAACGCCGUCCACGCCCUCCUUCUGUACCGCCACCGCCUGGACCGCCAGGAGAUCCUGCCAACUUUGCUGAUGGGGAUGCGACCCUUGUGCUCCGCCCAGUACGAGAAGAUAUUCAACACCACGCGAAUUCCCGGGGUCCACAGAGAUCACAUCCGCCACCUCCGUGACAGCCGACACGUGGCCGUCUUCCACCGGGGCCGGUUCUUCCGCGUGGGGACCCACUCGCAAAGCCGCCUGCUUUCCCCGCGGGCCCUGGAGCAGCAGUUUCAACGAAUCCUGGACGACCCCUCUCCCGCCUGCCCCCACGAGGAGCAUCUGGCGGCCUUGACCGCUGCUCCGAGGGACACGUGGGCCCAGGUGCGGAGGUCUCUGAAGACGCAGGCCCAAGAGGCCCUGGAAGCCGUUGAAGGGGCCGCUUUCUUCGUAUCACUCGACUCGGAGCCCGCGGGGCUCACCAAGGAGGACCCCGCAGCUUCCUUAGAUGCCUACGCACAUGCCCUGCUGGCCGGCCGGGGCCACGACCGCUGGUUUGACAAAUCCUUCUCCCUAAUCGUCUUCUCCAAUGGAAAGCUGGGCCUCAGCGUGGAGCACUCGUGGGCUGACUGCCCCAUCUCAGGACACAUGUGGGAGUUCACUCUGGCCACAGAAUGCUUCCAGCUGGGCUACUCGGCAGAUGGUCACUGCAAGGGGCACCCUGACCCCUCGCUGCCCCAGCCCCAGAGGCUGCACUGGGACCUUCCAGACAAGAUCCAUCUAUCCAUCUCUCUAGCCCUGAGGGCAGCCAAGACCUUGUCUGGAAACAUAGACUGCCACGUCUUCCCCUUCUCCCACUUCGGCAAGAGUUUCAUCAAACGCUGCCAUCUCUCUUCAGAUAGCUUCAUCCAGACCGCCUUGCAGCUGGCCCACUUCCGGGACAGGGGUCAAUUCUGCCUGACUUAUGAAUCCACCAUGACUCGCUUGUUCCUGGAAGGUCGCACAGAGACGGUGCGUUCUUGCACAAGGGAGGCCUGCAACUUUGUGAGAGCCAUGGAGGACAAAGAGAAGACAGACGCACAGUGCCUCGCCCUGUUCCGCCUGGCGGUGGAUAAGCACCAAGCUCUGCUGAAGGCAGCGAUGAGCGGACAGGGGGUCGACCGCCACCUCUUUGCUCUCUACAUCGUGUCCCAGUUCCUCCAUCUGCAGUCUCCAUUCCUGGACCAGGUUCACUCAGAGCAGUGGCAGCUGGCCACCAGCCAGAUUCCUGUUCAGCAAAUUCACCUGUUCGACGUUCACAAUUACCCCGAUUAUGUCUCCUCUGGUGGUGGAUUCGGGCCUGCCGAUGACCACGGUUAUGGCGUGUCCUACAUGUUCAUGGGCGAUGACGUGAUCACCUUCCACAUCUCGAGAAAAAAAUCAAGCACAAGAACGGACUCCCACCGGCUGGGCCAGCGCAUCCAGGACGCCUUGUUGGAUGUGGCCACCCUCUUCCCGGAGGGGCACCAUCUUAAGCGCAGGGGGUUAGGGGAGGAGGACUCGGGUUAGGGGAGGAGGACUCGGAGCACAGCUGUGGUUCUCUCCCCUGCCUUACCAGGGGCUCCAGGGCCCUCACAACAGCCACUAACUUUUGAUGCCUUCCAGAGGGGAGCUGGUCUCCCCAGGAACUAGGGGGAAGGUCUCUGCAGCUGGGCUGGUGCAGGACAGAGGCAGCCUGUCUGGGUUUGGAAAUCCCACAUCCUGACUAAUAAAAUUGUGUGAGCUGGG